AUGGCAAAGCAGCGCGAACAUUGCAUGUCACUUAUUCAAGAGCGGUUGUCUAACGAGACGGUGGAGCAGCGCGAACAUCGCAUGUCACUUAUUCAAGAACGGUUGUCUAACGAGACGGUGGAGCAGCGCGAACAUCGCACAUCACUUAUUCAAGAGCGACUGUCUAACGAGACGGUGGAGCAGCGCGAACAUCGCAUGUCUCUUGUUCAAAAGAGGUUGUCUAACGACACGGUGAAGCAGCGCGAACAUCGCAUGUCACUUAUUCAAGAGCGGUUGUCUAACAAAAUGGUGGAGCAGUGCGAACAUCGCAUGUAUCUUGUUCAAGAGCGUUUGUCUAACGAGACGGUGAAGCAGCGCGAACAUCGCAUGUCUCUUAUUCAAGAGCGGUUGUCUGACGGUGGAGCAGCGCGAACAUCGGAUGUCACUUAUUCAAGAGCGGUUAUCUAA